AUGCGUCUCCUUAAUACCAAGACUUAUCGGUUGGAAGAAUUCCCAGAUGGCUGCAUUCCUCCAUAUGCCAUCCUUUCACACAGGUGCCAGGAGCAAGAGGUCGUUUUUCGUGACCUAGAAACUGUUCCGGCAUUUAUGGGACAGCUAGCUUCGAGCAGCGCUGAAUUAUCAGAAUCUAUUAACUGCAUCUACGAAUGGUACCGGCGUGCGGCGCUUCCGUUCCAGCGUGUGGUUUACAAGAGGCUGGACGCUACAGGAGCUCAUCGCUUCCAGGUCUUUAACGUCGAAUGGCAGGGCCUAGGCUCGAAAAUAGAUUACAUCACGGCGUCUAAUAGCCGAGCGCUUAUUAGAGCUCUGUCAAACCAUGAACAUACUGCCAACGUAGGCCAAUUAUUUUCGCCAUUCCGCGCUCGGUUUGUUAGACGGUUUGUUAAACAGAGCACAAUGCUCGGUUUAGCAGCGUAUUGUAGCAGCAGCGAAGAUGAGGAUGUGGAUGCUCCUCCGACAAAAAUUCAGCAAGCAAAGCAACCAGCGGACUCUACAAAAACUAUUUCAGCUCAACCAGCAGAUAAAGAAAACGCUUGCUCAGACCAGAGAGGGCGCAUACCCCGGACUAUCGAAGAUAUAAAUAAUAAACCUCUAGUCGGGCCUUUCCAACCAAUACAAUCAACAUCUCCUACCGGUAACGAACCUUCAUCGUCAUCUCGAAAAUCCUCACCCUUCUCCGCAAACCGCGCCUUACUCCGCGACAUGACCCUUCCCCCCAUCCCCAACUUCGACAUCCCGCCCUCUCCCCCUGGUUCCCCCGAUCCUGCCGCGAACCAGAAAUUCGCACACUUCUUUUCUUUGAAAAGGCAAGGCGUACAUUUUAACGAGAAGUUGGCUAGCUCUUCAUCUCUGCGAAACCCAAGUUUGCUUGCGAAGUUGAUGGAACACGCUGGUGUCGAUGGACAGGCGCAAUAUUCCACCUCCCUCCCCAAGGAGCUGUGGGAUCCCGUCUCGACACUACCACCGUGGGGCUACAAGGAGGAGUUACUUAAAAGCCAGCAGGAAGUGCGACGGAAAAUUGAAGAGAAGAAAGCAUCGGGGCCAAGAGAAGCUAUAGAUUUUGUCUCUGCGGGUGGGGGAGGACAGUCGAGAGAACCGGCGACUCCACCCGGUGGGAAGAGUAGGCCUAGUGCUGCUGAGCGUGUUAUGGCGGGGCUAAAUAGGGAGAGGACAAGCUCACCAAUGAAUCCUGAACGGGGUCGACGGACAGCGGAUUUGGAGCGGAGGUCUAGACGGCAGUCCAGGUCUCCACCGGAGAAGAGGAAAAGAUCGCGCUCUCCAUGA